CGCCACUUAUAUUGUUCGAAAGUAGCUCGAAAGAGUUGCCCAAGCCAACGACAACAUGGCUAACAAAAUGACCUCCAUGCCCGACUUUAAAACCUACCGAACGAGCGUGAAAAUUGGCAACUGGAACGAGGAGCAGCACUUGGAAGAGCAUGUAAGGAACAAGUACCUGCGUAAAAGAGAAAAUGGCGAGCUGACUGCCCAGAGAGUUGACUUCCUCAAGAACAACAUCCUCACUCCGGUGAAACUGAGCGUGACUAAUGAUGGUGCGCUGCAUUUUGGAGAUGUUGUGAUGUUGGUGAACGUCAGUGAAGUGGGCGAGUGUUAUGCGCUCGGCAUCAACGCGUACAUUGACAACAUGAUCAAGGUUCCUUCUCCUGGAAUUAAAGGUCCAUGUGGAGUCAGUGCGGGGAGAAGCAUUCAGCCCUCUGCACGCACGGCAUUCACUAUAACCAGUGUGGAUGGCACUCCUGAAGGAGCGACUCUGCAUUAUGAGCAAAGUUUUGCCCUGAAAACAGCAAAUGGCUUCACCGGGGGUCUAUAUUUGACGAGUGACGCGCGAACGUUUCGAAAAAACGCAUUGAGGUCACGUCUUCAGGAGGUCAACCUGGACGCAAACGAAAGCUUCCUAUCCUGGUGGAAGAUGGUGCACUUUGACCCCCAGGAGAGGCUUGAGCACGAGGGCCUGCCUGUACCCGCCAAUGUUAAUGUGGUCCUCCUCCACUGCAAGACACACCAGGCCCUGGCUGUUAUGGAGCAUCUCAUUCUUGGGACCACAUACGGCAAUGAAUUUGAAGUGACAGCUCAUACUUUCUUGGAUGGACAUAAAGCUGAAAAGUCUAAUAACCACUGGAUCCUGUGCACCGCUGACCCAGCAGGGGAGGGCCUGCUGCUUCUCAAUCGCCUCAAGUUAGAGGGCAACUGCAUAUCGUUGCCCGGAGAAAGCCCAGACGGUCCAACAGAGUAUAUCACAUGUAGUGUGUGUAAUUAUAGAGAACACAGGUAAUUUCUGUCAUUUGGAGGAUUUCCCACUCACCAAAUUUGAGGUAGAACCCAGAUUUGUUUACCAGGAAUGUCUAUUGGUGUAAGCAUUUGAUAUGUGUUGUCUAACAAUAGGUGGUCAUGUUUUGUCGUUUUUAAAGAUAAUAAUAAUAGAAAAUGUGAUAUGAAGGCCCGUGGUGAAGCAUACUUCCCACACUCUUGAAAAACCAUUACUGUAUAUUUAGUUGUAAACGGGUUGUCACUGGAGUGUUAUGAGGUACUCGGCUACCCUUGACAUUUACUUAUGAAAAAUCAGCCAAGUUCCCGGAGACUAAAUUGCCCAUAGAAAAAGCAUGAGUUUGAAUUUUUCCUGAAAUUAUCCGAUGACUGGCCCAGGGUGUACCCUGACUGGAGGGAUGAUGUGGGUGAAUGAUCCUUUCCUCAUCUUCUGAUGCUCUAGCUCCGUUGAUAAACACUAGGGCUGCCACAAAUGAUUAUUUUGAUAAUCCACUAAUUACUGAUUAUUUUUGUGAUUAAUAGAUAGUUUGUGUAUAAAUCUUGUUAUGUCCUGUUCUCUUAGCUGUAAAUUUGAGGAGA